GGACUUCAAAACGUGUGCCCGCCUCCCCUCCCCCACUGGAGGAAGACUUGGCGGGGGCCCCUGCACAUGCGCGAACGCAGUCCCCCUCCCCCUCCCCGAGUCUCCUGGCAACAGGACUCCACUGCGGAGGUCGCAAUGGACCAGCCAGAUAAGGCGGUCACUUCUACCCCAGUAAGGGAAGACUUGGGGGAAGGCGGUUCAGUGGUCCUGGCCUCGAAACCAAUCCGGAAGCGAUCAUCUUUUGAAAGAGAAGGAUGGUGGAGAGUAUCAUUAACAAAUACUCCUAUCCCUGGCACUUACCACUUGAAAACUUUUAUUGAAGAAUCCCUAUUAAAUCCAGUGAGAGCAACUUACAAUUUUAAAAACGAAGGAAGGAAAAAACCACCUCUUGUGCAAAGAAACAAUCCAGUAGUAACGGACCUUCCCCCGUACAUGCCUCCCGGCUUCUUGGACUUGUUGAAGAAGCAAGCAGCCACUUACUCAUUUAAAGACCAACCGCGGUCAAGCCCCAGCUCCUUGGUUUACAGAGAUCAGUCAGUUAAGCUUUCACCAGGACAAUACAAUGUACUUCCUGCGCCAGUUCCCAAGUAUGCUUCCAGGAGCUUUGUAUUUCGUUCUACAGUUCAAAGAUUUCCAUCAGCCUACUUCAUUCCUGUAAGUACGUUGUAG